UAAAAACCAGGAAACGAUAUUUGGGGAAUUGAUGUGUUGGCAUUUUAGGGAAUAUUUGGUGCAAAGUACAGAAAACCGCCUAUUAUCAAUUUUGCGUGUUUAUAGACUGGAGUCUGGAAGCCAGAGAAUGCUGAAACACCAAGAAUAAGCAACAACGUUUUGUAGAACUUUGUAGGCCAGCUAUUGAUCUGAGAUUCUACAGGGUGGAGUUUGAGAGAGUGAGUGAGUGAGUGACGAGAGGAUGGGGAGGAAAGACGCAUCUGCUGUUGUGGCCCCGGUCGAUCAGUAUCGUAAACAGAUCGGUAAGCAGGACUACAAGAAGACUAAGUCAGCCCUGAAACUGGAAAGAUUGAAGGCUGAGGCAAAGAAAAGUGCUCCAGGCAUCCGAGAUGCGUUCCUGGUGGUUGUGGCCAUCCUGGUGUUUGUGCUCUGUGUCUAUGCCUUCUUCUACCUCAACCUGACCACAGAGCUGGACCUGGAUGUGGACCUGGACUGAAGGAGAAGCCCCACGGACGAGGGACCGACCCAAACUGAAGAAAAUGCUUGCUUCAUUCUUCCAUUGCACAUAGUUGCUACUAGUGAUGGCCAAACAAAGGCUUCAUUAGUGUUAUUUUAGCAGCAGGAUAUUAUGCUGACAGCACUCAGAUU